UGUCAAGCGCCAAUCAAUCACCACCAGAACAAAAGAUCCGUUGCAAUUUGUAUCUGUUGCCGGCGUUUGUGUAAUAUAAUUUCAAUUAUCCUGUGUUUUACGUGCUAUUUAGUUAAUAUAAGUGUUAUUUUGAUCAAUUCUUAAUGUGCUUAAUCGAUUGUGCUUAAAAAAUAUUUCACUGGAUCAAUUAAUUGUGUUUCGAGACAGUUGGAGCUCUCCACCUAUAGAACCACCUGUAGCAGCAGUAAAUAUGGAAAGCAGCCCAAGUGCCAAUAAUAGCAGCAUUCGCUUCAAAACACCACCAGCGUCAAUCAAGUGGAAAAAGUUAUUUCGUGGAUCGGAAGUGGAUGAGGUAGAAUUUUCCGACGAGGACAAAGAGAAUAGCUUCUUGGGAAGUGACGGAAGAUCGCCUCUGCUGAAAUUUCCUCUGAAGGAGCGGGUGGCCUGUACGACGAGUAAGAAACGGAUCCACUUCAAGCGUCGAAGGCCAGGAGCUGCAGAGGACGGACUCACGGGAGGGCUGAAACCGUGCAGUGUUUUUACGCCAUUGAACAAGCUCAAACCCACCCAGCUAAUCGGCUCCGGAACCGAUUCGGACUGGCGCAGUUUCUUCAGCAACUCCUUCGAAGUCAACCAGAGUUUUCCGCGCAUCACCACCAAUCUCCGGGAACGUCGCCGUCGGGAUGAAGACCAGCGCUGGCCGCUGAAUACGCCGUUACGUUUCCAUCGAGUUGCCACUCCUUACGCUGCCACCACCGGGAAAGCCAAACAUCAACGGUCGGCUUUCAUGGAUCGCGUCCGGGUAGACGGGGCCAACGGGCUGCGCUUCACAGCGUUCCGUCCCAAGGGAUGCCUCUCACAUGGCGUCAAUUCACCGUACAACAAUUCUUACGUGGCAUCGACGUCCGAAUCGAUAGGUCGUCUGCCGAAGAGUGGCAUCAACCCGAACAAGGCGGUUUUUACGAUCGACAGCAAAACGUCGCAGAUUUUGAUCGUAAACCGCAAUGCGUGCGAUUUGCUAGGUUACAGUUCCAAGGAGCUGUGCGAAAUGCAGUUCGCCAAUUUGUUACCAAAUAAGAACAAGAUGCAUGUCUCUGCGCUGGCGGAGGGACAACUCAAUAGUGAGGACGGAACUGUGAUCAUACUUAGCGGAAAGGUCGUAGAGCUGUGCACCAAGUCCGGUGAGAACGUGGCUGUUUCCUUGUGGGUGAGGCAAAUCGAUAGCGAGUCAAGAUGUUUAGCAGUUGCCGAACCUGUUGAGAGGCGAGUAGCCCAGUUGUUGGUGGACAAAAGUGGCUACAUUAUUUCCGGGGAUUACGAAGCGUUGCUGUUGUUUCAAUUGGAUUCGAUAGAAAAGUUCAAUGGUAUGGAUGUAACGCUUUUGAUUCCGGCGAUUCAGUUGCCCGACGCGGACGGGAGCAUGAUUGCCAAGCACAUCCGGAAGCAGAAAGCAACCGGGAAAACGGCGGAAGGAGUCGCUUUUCCUCUGUGCCUGAUGAUAUCGCAUCACGAUUCCGGAACGGACACCACCGACAGUGGCUUAUCGAAUCCGAACCAGCUGUACGUGAUCACCAUUUGGGUGUUCACCAACAUCUCCGGGUUGAUCGUGAUCGACGAGAACUCCGUCAUUGAGUCGUGCAACCAUCAUUUUUCUAUGCUGAUGUUCGGAUAUCCCCAGAAUAAGAUCAUUGGAGAGCAUAUAACGAAGUUGUUGCCGAACUUUGGUCAGGAGUGCGAUUAUCUAGGUUUUAUGAACCGCAGUCGAAAUGCAACGUUAUCGUCGCUGGAUAAUGACGAGUCGGAAACGGAGACGGAUCACGUUGAUUUCGAGAACAAGGAAGAAUUUAUUCAUAAUGCUAUCAAUAAUAUGAAGAGCACGUCGGAUGUGGCUUGCAGUCCGGUCAAGGAGACGAGAAAGGUGUGCUUAGACUUUACUACAACCUCCACAAGUAAUAAUCGAUCCGACGUGACAUCCUGCUCUGCAUCACCAAAUGUAGUUACCGAUCAAUUGGCUGUCGAAAAUAGGUCGCAAAACAAAAUCGAAGCCACUGAAACUAGUGGCUUAUUCAGCUCUAUAGUCGUUAGCUCUGUGCCGGAAAAUCUGCUCUACGCGGAGAGUAACAGCGAGAACAAUCGAAAUUACGCUAAUCUGUCCAGUUCGGCCAGUUGCAGUGCGUUGAAAUCGGUUGCUGCAUCGUGUGCAAUAAAAGAAACUCUCAUCAAACCACCGGCACUGGAAGACUGUUCAAAUUUGGUCGAUUGUGAUUUGCUAACGCCCGUCAACGAAUGCCUCAAUUUACUGAGCGGUAAGAACAAUUCUGCAGAAAGUCCCUCCAAGGAGCAACUCUACACUUCCGAGGACAUCAAUUCAGUGCUGCUGAAGCACUCUACCAGCCAUGACUAUUCUGCUCCUCUGAGUGCCCCUCCGACCGUCACCACACCCCGCUAUAUCAAACCAUAUGAACUGGCGAAGACGAUGGUCACUUCUACCCCCGACCAACAGAAACGACACUCGGCAGUUGGGACACUUCCCGUUCCGAGUGGACCCCGGAGGUCAAUCUAUUCGGAUGGGAAGUAUCGCGGAGAAGCCAUCCACUACGACGGAAAUGUGAUCGACAUAUUAUACACCAUUUCAAACCAGACGCUGCCCUGUGGCCGGAAGGUCUACUGCAUCUGGGUGAGCCGAGAUCCGGAUUCGUCGUACAACAAUCUCGAAGACGAGGACAAACACCAGAAUCUGACGCUGACGUUCAACAGCAUAACGAGUACGGUGGAUAACUCCCUUGGACAAGCGAUCAAAAAUACGGCGGCAGCGCAGCAUUCGGAACGACCGAGCUCGGUUUCCCGCAUGUCACAGUGUGACGAGGAUUUGACCCACGGAGAGUACAGCAAGUACUACACGCUGGUGAGGCACAUUGGGAAGGGUGCGUACGGGUACGUGAAGUUGAGCUACCGGAAUUCAGACAGAUUAUUGGUGAUAUCAAAGUUCAUACUGAAAGAAAAGCUCGUUCCGCAGUUUAUGAUAACGACCGAUGACAAACGAGAGAUUCCGAUGGAAGUAUACUUGUUAACGCACGUGAAGCAUCCGAAUAUCGUCAACAUGUUCGAUUGGUUCGAAAACGAAAAGUUCUUCCAAGUGGUGAUGGAAAUUCACGGAUCCGGAAUGGAUCUGUUCGAGUUCAUCGAUCGACGACCCGUUAUGACGGAAAAGCUAGGCUGUUUGAUAUUCCGGCAGAUUGCCAACGCGGUUGCCUUUCUGCAUUCGCUGAACAUCCUGCAUCGGGAUAUCAAGGAUGAAAACGUCAUCAUCGAUCACAAUUUCCAUAUCAAGCUGAUUGACUUUGGAUCAGCAACGUUCGUACAGGAGGGACAGCUGUUCUCUACUUUUUACGGCACGACUGAGUACUGCAGUCCGGAAGUGUUGGCGGGUAACCGAUAUUCGGGACCGGAGCUUGAAAUGUGGGCGCUUGGUGUGACGUUGUACGUGUUGAUGUUCUUCGAAAAUCCUUUUGUUGACGUUGAGGAAAUCUUGCAAUCAGAACUGAUUAUCCCACAUGAAAUCAGUGAAGAACUGGAAUACGUCUUGCUUUCUUUGUUGGACAAAAAUCCCAAGACUAGGAUCACAAUCAAAGAGCUUUUGGAAACGGAAUGGAUGACGCAGGAAAUCAAUCCGUCGCAGUUCAAUUUUGCCAAAAUUAUACCCUGUGAACCAUACGAAACCAACCCGGAGAAGUACUACGUAGAUCCGAACAUCUGUUCCAGCCAAACUGGACUGUCCACCUCACCGCACAGCCUUUCGAUGGUGGACGAUGUCGACGGAGAAGAUGAUGACGAACACGCACACAUGGAUGACUCGUUUAUGGAUCCUGAUGAGAUGAUGGAUGAUGACAUUUGUCCCCUGUCGCAUGAUGAUGAGCUUGGUAUGGAUGAUAAUCAUUCUGGAAGAGAGAUGAAUAUUCUCUCAACCGGGCUCACAAGCCUGUCCCUCAAGGAACCGGAUGGCACUUGCAUCAGUUUGGUUGAUGGUGAGCGAGUUGGCCCACCAGGCUCAACGCAUCAUACAACAGGAGCUUCAAUAGAAGACAUUUGUGAUACAGAAGAAAGUGAGAUACUGCUGGUGGUGUUGAAUGGCGACGAUAAGGAUGAGGAGGAGGAUGAGCAUGGCGGCGGCGGAAAUGAUGACCGAAGGCGGAUGAGGGAUGAACUUGGGGACGUGGCAACGGAAGCUAUAUCACAAUGUGAUCCGUCCAGUAGCAGUUGUAGCGUUGGUGGUGGCGUUGAAGGUGACCCUCCUAGCCCUUACAGCUCCCCUAGCAAAAGUGAUCGACAUAGACGACAGCAACAUAGGCGGAGACGAGCGUGGGAAACCAACCAUCCGAUUGUUGUCGUGACUUCGCUAGAACCGGAUUGCAAUAGCAAGGGCGUUGAUGAGUUAGUCAUCAGCGAGUAUGACUAUAGCAAUGACAGCUUUGAAGAGGAUGCAGACGAUGGCGAGGAAAAGCCCGUCUGUAACAAGUCUCAGAUGAGCUAACUUCUUGUUCAUGCAUUCCUUUUUUCACAAACCAAAAAAUACGAUACUCAUUUUGUUUAGGUACUCAACCCAGCUAGGACGAAAUGCGCGCAAAAUAUAUGAAUAGAGAGUAUUAGUUGUUUAGCCAUAGCGGAGAGGAAAGAGUACUAGUUAAAAUCCACUGAUAGGAUAGUGCAAAUCAGACUCGAUAUAGCUAAAUUCUUAGAAACAAGUAAUACAGAGUCGUACACAACAGUAACAGCAGUAGUAUUAGUAGGAAAGACUAAAAACAAGCAAAUUUAACAUAACAAAUAAAUAAAAGCACACAGAUACACACACAAGUUUAGUAGCAUCUAUCAGAACAGAUUAUAUCAUUGUUGAACAGAUUAUAAUGAUUGAUUUUAAAAUAUAAAAUUGAAAAUUAGCAAUGGAAGCCUUCGUGGGAGGUGUACUGAAAGAAAGCAGUCUUUUCAUAGAGCUCGAUUAAAGUUUGAACUUCAGUAAAA